AUGAACUUCACCUGGUGGAUGAGAUGGACUCUUGUCCCUCUUACCAUACAUGCAGCAAAAAGGCCAUCGAAGAUGCCCAGGAUGGACACCAAUCCCUGUGUUAGCAGGAAGUUGCUUGAGGCUGCAUUCGAAAACAAAAUUACCAAGGACAGCAAAUACUUAGUGGACAAACUCUUUUUGAAACCUCCUGAGGAAAUUGAUGAAAUGCUUAGAAGCAUGGAAUCUGAAGGCAAGUUCUUUAGGAGCGAAGAGGAUUUCUGGAAUUUCGUGGGGAUGCAUUCUAUCGAGCCGGGAUCGGAAUUCAUCUUUGCCAAGGAUAACGAAGAGCUUGAAGCGAGCAUGUUCAGUGGUGUUCCGGAAUAUGUGAGUAGGCUUGAGGAAAGGCUAUUAGAGCCCAAUCCGCAGAGAGAAAGUGAAGGGUUCAAGCAAAGCUUAGAAACCCUCGUUAGAGUUUCUAAAGAGCUUAAUGAUGCAUGGAAGAACCUCUAUGUAAAGCAGAGAGAUUUGGAUAAGGGAUAUUACUCAACUAUGAUAAAAGUCAAGAAUCCGUUCGUCAUCCCUGGAGAUAGAUUUAAGGAGUGUUACUACUGGGAUACAUACUGGAUAAUAGAGGGCCUGGUCAAAAGCGGGAUGCACAAAAUUGCCGUGGGCAUGGUCGAGAAUUUCAUUCUCUUAAUAGAAAAGUAUGGAUUCAUCCCUAAUGGAACGAGAACGUACUACCUAAACAGAACCCAGCCUCCAUACUUCUGCAUGAUGCUCUUUACCGUUUAUAGACACGUUCCAUGGACAGAGGAGGUGGAGGAGAUUAUAAAAAGGGGACUGAAGGCAGCCGUAAUGGAGUAUAACUUUUUCAUGAACUACAGAAAGGAAGAGAUCGAGAAAGAUGGCAAGUCAUAUGUGCUUAAUGUUUACAGGGUUUCUGACUGCACGCCAAGGGCAGAGUCCUAUAGUGAAGACAGAAAGGUGGCGGAAAAUAACAAAAGUAAGGACGAGGUGUAUAGAAGAAGAGAAGAGGACAUUUACUCAAACCUUAAGGCUGGAGCGGAAUCAGGAUGGGAUUACUCCUCCAGAUGGUUAGGUGUUCGUGGAGAGCUCGACUCGAUAAGAACUUCUAAGAGGGUUCCCGCAGACUUGAAUGCAAUAAUGUAUGCCAACGAACUUAUAAUAAUGAAGUUAUUUGAAGUAGUUGAAGGCAAGAGGUCAAAGAAUGCCGAGGACUUCAAGAAGAAAAGCGAGGAGAGGUACAGGGCAAUCAAUGCUGUUCUAUGGAGCGAUGAGGAGGGUGUGUGGAACGACUACGAUAUCGAAAAAAAGAAGCACACAUCACCAGGCUUCUACUUCUCAAAUCUGGCGCCAAUGUGCUAUGGAAUCAGCCCUCCGCCAGACAAGAACAUCACUGUUUACGAUAUUUUGAAUGCCUUUGCAGAAGAGAUAUUUGGACACCCUGGAGGAAUGCCAGCAAGCGGAUCUAAAAACAAAAACAGCCCCGAGCAGUGGGAUUAUCCGAAUGUAUGGCCCCCUCUUGUGCAUAUAAUGACGUUUUUCCUGGAAAGGAUAGGCGAGCGGCAAAUGGCAUUGCAUCUGGCAAGGUCCCUCUUAGAAAACAUAUCUGUUUCCACAUCCAUUUCCGAUGUGACAAGGAGAGGGAUCUUUGAAAAAUAUAACUGCGAAAGAGUCGGGGAUUCUGGGUACAAGGGCGAGUAUGCACCUCAGGUUGGAUUUGGCUGGACCAACGGAUCUGCCAUCCAUUUUCUGGAACACUUUUCUUUCGAGCUUGCUUCUACAAAAUCUCAUGCAGUGUCGUAUCAAGAAAUUAAGGAUUUAAUGGAAAAGAAGGUGGCUAGUAGAGAAGUUCCCAGAAAACAUACCCCAGAAAACUGUCUUCUUCUGGAAGAUAAACUCUGGGACAUAGAAUCGCACUCGGAAGGGCCCAAUAGCUCCAGCGGACGGCCUCAUCCUGUUGUACCUACUACGGUAUGA